GUAGUUGUGCAUUUAUCUUCGCGCAAGGCAAUGACGUGAUAAUUAAAGAUUUUACAGAUCCGACAUACGAAAGCUACAGAAUUCCCGGCAGCUGGUGCAUUCCAGUCUUACCGAUAAUCUUUCAUCGAUCAGCUUUCAGUAUAAUGAACGGCAAUUACGUUUUACCACCGUAUCGCCAAAAUGAUAGUCAACAAACGUUAACAAGCGACAGCGUUCGUCCAUCACGAUACGAAUCUCUGAAAGAAGCAAUCGCUCAGAAGGAUCACGGUACCAUAAUCUGGUUGCUGAACGAGGGUUGUCCCGUGAACGACGUGGACGUGGACAAAAAUGCCGACAGUCCAUUACACAUCGUCGUUUGCAUCGACGACAUUCACAUUGCGCGUAUCUUGAUAUCUGCUGGCGCUCAAAUAAACGUCGUCAACUCUCAAAAGGAAACGCCUCUGCACUUGGCGUUCGCAUUGGGUAACGUAGACAUGAUAGAUCUGCUAUUGGCGCAGUGCGACGGCAAAAUGAACCCAUUCACUGUUUACGGUUUGUCGCACUUUCAUAUCGCCUGCGUGAGGAACAAUUGGCUGGUAACCAAUGCCUUUCUGAUGCGAGGUGUUAACGCCAAUGUUUACCUGGAGAAAUGCUUCUAUGGAAAAGACUACGUCUACUACAGACCUUUGCAUUUGGCGGUGAAAAAUGAAAAUUUAGAAGUGGCUGAGUUAUUGCUGAGAUACGGCGCGAAUGGCAAUGCCAAAGAUCGGUUCAAGAGGACACCACUUCAUUUGGCUUGUAGGUAUAAUUAUAAGAAAAUUUGCGAUGCGAUCAAGAAUGGCAAAGUUGAAACUCCCGAGGACAUUAUGCGCAUAGUGAAGUCUGCUAAUGAUCAGACUGAUAUCGUAAGGUUGCUGCUAAGAUACAGAGCGAAUAUCGAAGCUCUGGAUGCUAGCGAUACUCCACCGCUAUUUAGCGUAUUCAAGUAUCAUUGUGGCGAAAUUAGGAAUGCCAUGAACGAGAGAAUGAACGGCGACGCUGGCGAUGAAUUUUAUGAUGAGAUGUGUCGAACAGUCAGAGAAAUACAGAGAGAAAAGUUUUACAUACUCAUUCAACAUGACGUGAACGUAAAAUUUUGCAACGAGAGCAGAGAUAAUUUACUGCAUCUGCUUAUCGACGGCAAGAAACUCUUCUUGAGUUACAGCGGCAGCGCAUUGACGAGCAAAGACCGCGACUUGACCGACGAUGACAAAUCCGAGAUUGUUGAUUUAUUGUGUAAGUACGGCGUGGAAAUUGAUGCCAAAAACUCAUCGGGUCAAAGCCCACUUCAGAUGUCCAUCUCGUCGUAUUACACGAGAACAGUGAAAACACUACUCGACAAUAACGCGAACGUAGCGAACGUCUGCUUUUUUCAUUACAAGAUACCGCGACGCGAUCCUGGUGGUAACUUUGAGUUGACUGAGAUGGAGAACUUCCUCGAUAUUAUCUCAUUGAUCUUGAAGAGGAAGUCUGAUUUGAAUCUUACCAAGACUAAUGAAUUACUCAUGCUGAGGUACAUGGCACAAUUCUCGAAUGUGCAGCACUUCGAGAAUUGUAGUACAUCAGAUCUCAGGCACCUUCUGGAUUUUGGGGACAUUAAUAGUAUGGAUGUAUCGUGCUAUGCCUCCGAACGUUCGGUACUGUCUAACAGAGAGAAGAUUUCUUUGGUAUUGGAGCAUAUACAAAAAUUAGAAGUUGCUGGGUUAUACGUGGAUCGAAUUAUCAAUAGAGAGUUUAAUAGGUAUAAUUGUAUGAUCGAUGUAAUUCAGGACUAUAAUGGUCAGUCAUUCUUUGACAAAUGUAAGGACGAGGUUCGCGAAUUGAAAGUUACGAUGAUUGAUCGCUAUGCUUCAUUUUACGAUUUACUAUUUUUGAAUGUUAACGAGAUUGCUGUGAGAGUGAAGAAUAAGAGUUUUAGAGAGUCGGUCAGAUCGAACUGUAGUUCGAAAUUUAAGUUGUAUAAUAAUAUUAUCAUCAAACAAUUUGUUAAAGGUUUGCUUAGGUCGAUUUUAUUAGAUUCGGCGAAGGAACAAUUGAGUUUUAUUAUAAGAUUAGAACUACCAGAUCCAUGCUCGGAGAACAUUUUGAGCCAUUUAAAAAACGAAGAUAUUUGUAAUCUUGCGCUCGCUUUUGAAAAAUUUUGUUAAAUUAUG